CAAGGUUUAUUGUGAAUUAGUUUAUUUGAGGUAAAUAGUUAUAAAAAGAGUGUUUUUUGGAUCAAAGUGACACAUAUUAACUUCAUAAACAGAUUAAGACAGAUACAGUUAAUAAAAAGACUGCCAUCCUGUUGCACUAUCACAUUUUGACAACCAUUGUCACUGAAUCAGAUAAUCAUGACUAUCACUGGUUUAGGAAGAUCUUCAUAAAUGGGUAUUAUCCCCACUAAUAGGAAUGUCUAGAAACUGGAUUGAUAGAGGUGAACAGAUGAGAUAUAGUGGUAGAUACCCAAUCAAUGAAAUGUGGAAUACCAGACAGUCUUUAAUGAAUGAUUUAAGAAGAAACUUAACUCUAAAUAAGUAUUUAACAUCUAUUGAAAGAAAAUGUUCUGAUUUUGUUUUUGAAAAAAGAAACAGUAGAUCAAAUUGGAAAAGAACGGCUACAUGCACAGUUAGUAAAGACCCUGAAGACAAAGUAUCAGAAGACAAAUCACAAGAAAGAAGGGAACCAGAAGAUUCAUCUGGUUACUUUAAUGAUGAUCCAAAUGUUGACAGAUCUUCAGAAAUUGAAAAUGAAACCUCUACAUCAAAACCAACAAAUACUGAAUUUGUCAUUAAAGAAGAACCUUCUUCCGAACAAUUUGAUAUUAAUACAGAGUACAGUGAGAUAGAUAUUAACUUGCCAGGAAAUUUGGAAAAGAAUCAAUCAGAUCCAAUUGAAAGCCUGACAGAAGAAUCAAAUCUAUUGCAGAUUCCAAAUUUAAACAUAGAAAUAAAAUCUGAAGAAAGUUAUGAGACUGAACAAUCUAUGUAUACAAAAGAAGUUGAGGAACGUGUCACAGAAGAAAAUCCUUUUGAUUUUCAAGAUAUUUCUCAAACAAAGUGUGAUGAAAAUGACUCAGGCUUAGAUAAAAAGUCUGAAAGUGGUACAAAGACAAAGAAUUGCAAAGAAAAAUCUAUAACAUACAAGGAUUUUGUUAGGUCAGUUUCAAAACUAGUUAGUGAUGGUGAAUCAUCUAAAUCGGAGAAAACAAAACAUUCAGAUAAAAAUUGUGGUAAGCUUAAAAAGACAAAAAAAAUGAAAUCGCCUAACCCGAAAAAAGAUGGUGAUGUUGACAAAGCAAUAAGGAGUACUCGAAGUUCAAUAAAAGGUAAAAAGGUCCAAAAUGUAGAAAAGAAAAGAACGAAGAAAGAAGAGGAAAAGAAAGUUAGAGAUAAAACUGAAAGGACAACUAUUACAAAUACUCUCAAACAGAACAAACAGAAAACAAAAUCAAAAAGUAGAUAUUCUACUAGAUCACAAAGAAAGGAAAAAGAUUCAGAGGAAGAAAGUGUGCAUGAGGAACCUUCUGCAUCAAUAUCAAAACAAAAAGAAUAUCCUAAAAGAAAGAUUGUAUGUCCUGCAGAUGAGGACAUUCCACUUGCGAAAUACACAAAGUUAUUACAUCCCAAUGAAGAAACUAAAGUCAAAGAUACAUUUAAAGGAUCUGCUGAUUUUGACGAGGCUAUUCAUUACUUUCCUGAUAGUUGUGUUCAUUCUGAUGAUAAAACUGAAGAGGACAGUAAUAAAUCUAAAACAAAACAGAUAGAUAAGUCUGACUCAGAAUCAAAGGAUAGAAAGAUUAAAAAAGAAAGUCCUCUUCAGACAUCUUUGAUCUUGAUAAAUGAUUCUGAUUCUGAUAAACAACAGAGCACCACAAACCAAACUGCUAGUCGUAAGUUAGACAGUUUAAACAAUAACACAGAUUUAAAACAAGAAAAGUCAAGUAGUCAACAUGUUCAAGGUGAGGAAUCUUGGUCAUCAUCACAUGAAAACGAUCAAUUAUGGGAAUAUUUAAAAUGUGAUUUUUGCGAUUUCAUGGUCAGUAAGAAAAAGGAACAAAGUUAUCAAUUGAUGGAGGAGCAUUUAGAAAGUACAAAGCACAAUGCUGCAAGUAUUGUUAAAAUCAGCAUUUCAGAUGGUGAAUUGAAGCCAGUCUUUGUUAAAAAGGAACAUGCCAUACUACUGUCUUUAGAGAAAGCUACUAUUUUACCGUAUUGCCCUACAUGUUGUACUGUUAUGCCCUCUAUCUGGACUGUACAGUUGCAUGCUAAAUACAAACAUGGAGAAAAUAGCAAUUAUGAAAAAGACAAAUAUUGUCUCGGAAAAAUAGAAAAUGUGGUCAAUAUUCCUAUUCCAAGGAAAAUUAAUGUUUGUAAGAAAUGUGGACUAAAAAAAAAUAAUAUUCAAGAACACUGGGAAACCCACAACCAUUUUCCAUAUGAUUUGCCGUCAACCAAUCAAAUAGCACAGUUUUCUUGUAGUGCAUGCAAUCGAUAUUUUGAUUCUUUCUCCUCGGCUCUCAGUCAUGCUGUUGCCCAUGAAAAACAUGAUAAACUGCAAAAUGAUGGUGUUAUUAUUACUUAUAUUACAAAAUCUGAACAGGUAUUAACUUUGCUACCUAGAGAAAAAACACUUUCUAAUGGAAGAGCUUUGGAGAUCUUAAACCAAGCUAAAUUAGCCAACAAACAGGGACAAUGGACUAGAGCACAAAGAAAAGAAUUUGAAAUGAUGGCAGUUGAUUGGAAACGAUGUUUUAAACAGUAUUAAGAAUUAUUUGUUACAACAUGAUAUACAAUGUU